AUGGCAUAUGCAACUAACCUCCAGGGCAAGUUCGCCCACAAGGUUGGCGAGCCUGUCCCAGAGUUCAACACGGACCAUCCCAUCCAUCCUGCUAUCGUUCACUUCCCCAUUGCUUUCAACACUCUGGCAUGGGGGCUCGACAUUCUCUACGCACUGACCACCACGUGGGUGCAGCCCGAAUUCCUCACGAGCCGCUUCUCAUCGCCCUCCACAAUUCUUGACAUCUCGCGCCUCAGCUACUUCCUGCUGUGUGCUGGCCUCAUCACCACUGUUCCAGCCAUCAUGUCUGGGAACAUCCAGUUGGUGGGUAUGAUCAAGAAGAACGGUGGACCAUGGGAGAAGGACGCCGCAGGCAAGGCUAAGGACACAAUGGUGCCUCGUAUCAAGGCCACCAUCACUCAUGCCAUUAUCAACGACAUUGUCUUUGCCGUCAACCUCUACUCCUGGUACAUCAGGAAGGAUAAGGCUGGCUACACCAACGUCGGCCAUGCCCCCAACCAGACGAAUUUGAUCAUUGCCUUUGUCCUCCUACCAUUCUUGAUGAUCAGCGCCAAGAUUGGUGGCACCCUGACUUACAAUCAUGGUGUCGGUCUCAACUUGGGCCGCAAGAAGAUCGUCGAGUAA